AUGUCAAAGAAAGAAGAAAAAUCCGAGUCCAGCAGAAAAAGAAAAGCAGAAGAAUCACAAGAAGAAUUAGAAAUUGAUCUUAAUGCAGAAACACCAUUAUCUAAAAAGCAAAAACGUUUAAUUAAAAAGGGAAAAUUAGAACCAAAACCAGAACCAAAAAUUAAAACAGUACAAGAAGAAGCUGAACAAAAACCUUUAGAAAAAUCAAAAUUUGGAGUAUGGAUUGGAAAUUUAUCAUUUGAUACAACAAAAGAAGAUCUUAUAAGGUUUAUAGUGGGGAAAUCAAAUUUAGAAAAAGAUUCAAUAACUAGAGUUAAUAUACCUAAAAAGGGUACUCAAAUUAAAGGAUUUGCUUACGUUGAUGUUCAAAAUGAAGAACAAGUAAGUCAAAUAAUAGAAUUAAGUGAACAACAUUUAAAUGGAAGAAAUUUGUUAAUUAAAAACGCAACUUCAUUUGAAGGAAGACCAGAAAAAGACACCACCACGGAAACAACAGAAUCAAAAAAUCCACCAAGUAGAAUAUUAUUUGUAGGUAAUUUAAGUUUCGACACAACUCAAGAUAAUUUAGAAGAACAUUUUCGACAUUGUGGAGAUAUAACUAGAAUUAGAAUGGCUACUUUUCAAGAUACUGGAAAAUGUAAAGGUUUUGCUUUUAUAGAUUUUAAAAAUGAAGAUGGUGCUAUACAAGCAAUGAAAUCAAAAUUAACUAAAAUGAUGCUUAAUAGAAAAUUAAGAUUGGAAUAUGGUGAAGAUAGAUCUAAAAGAAGACCUAAAUCUCAUAUGAGAGAAGAAUCAAAUGAAGUUGAAAGUUUUAAAAAUGUAGAAAGAGAAUCAAGACCUCAAGUUCAACAAGAACAACAACCACAUCCACAACCUAAAAAGAUUUAUAGAGAAAGACAAGAAAAACCACAAUCAAGACCAAAAUCAUCAGUUGCUUUAGCUUCUGCUCAAAGAGCAAGUGCUGCUAUAGUUCCAUCAUCAGGUAAGAAAAUUACAUUUGAUUAA